ACUCGUUCCGGCCGCGUUCAGGCCAGCCGCCCCUGGAGCGCUGAGCUGGGGCUGGCAAGGCGCCGUCGGGCGGGUUUCCCCGCUGCCCCCCCCCGCCUCCCAUGGACGAGGCGAGCCCCCUGUCCCCAAAGGCCAACGCGUUCAGCAUCGCUUCUCUGAUUGCAGCCGCCGAACGCGCCAGCGAGGAGGAGGAGGAGGAAGAAGAGGAGGAGGAGGGGGAGGAGGAGGAGAAGGAAGAACCUGCGCUGGACUGUCUGCCCGGCGCCGCCUUCGCCGGCGGGAGCCUUCGCAAAGCUUACCACCCCCCCGCCGUCGCCCGGAGAAGGAUGCAUUUCAGCGCGGUCACCCGAGACAUGGAAGCCGUCUCCAGCCCGUGGCUCACGCAGCUCUCCCACUUUUGCGAUGUUGCAGCUUUCACCGCCAACAGCCUGAGCAGCUUCAACUCGGCCGCGGCCGCCGCGGCGGGCUACCCCCACCUCCCGCCCUCCCCGGCUGGAGAGACCUACGGCCAGCAUGAGCCGCCGCCGCCGCCGCACUACGAGCCCUGCUCGGCCCAGCCGCCGCCUCACCACCCGCCGGCCCAACAGCAGCACCACCAGCCACCCCACCACCACCACGGCCAAGCGCAGCACGGCGGCUACUCCUUCGCGCCCGGAACGGGGGGCAACAACCCAGCUCCUCCGGGGGGCUCCGAGGCUCCCGAAGGCGGCGGCGGCGGUGGAGGAGGAGGAGGAGGAGGCGGCGGCGGAGGAGGAGGAGGGGGAGGAGGAGGAGGAGGAAGCAGCGGAUCGGGCUCCGGCUCCGGAGGAUCGGGCCCGGCUUCAACCAAGGCUCCGGUCAAGAAGAAUCCCAAGGUGGCCAACGUCAGCGUCCAGUUGGAGAUGAAAGCGCUCUGGGACGAAUUCAACCAACUGGGCACCGAGAUGAUCGUCACCAAGGCCGGCAGGAGGAUGUUCCCCACCUUCCAGGUGAAAAUCUUUGGGAUGGAUCCCAUGGCAGACUACAUGCUCCUGAUGGACUUUGUCCCGGUGGAUGACAAACGUUAUCGGUAUGCAUUUCACAGUUCUUCCUGGCUGGUGGCUGGCAAAGCUGAUCCUGCCACGCCUGGGAGGGUGCACUAUCACCCAGAUUCCCCAGCGAGGGGCGCUCAGUGGAUGAAGCAAAUUGUGUCCUUUGACAAAUUGAAGCUGACCAACAAUUUACUGGAUGACAAUGGGCAUAUCAUUUUGAACUCCAUGCACAGAUACCAGCCCCGUUUCCACGUGGUCUACGUGGACCCGCGGAAAGACAGCGAGAAGUACGCCGAGGAGAACUUUAAGACCUUUGUCUUUGAGGAGACCCGAUUCACUGCUGUCACGGCCUACCAAAACCAUCGGAUCACCCAGCUUAAGAUUGCCAGCAACCCAUUUGCAAAAGGAUUCCGGGAUUGCGAUCCUGAAGAUUGGCCUAGGAAUCACCGACCAGGAGCCCUGCCUCUCAUGAGCGCCUUCGCGAGGUCGAGAAAUCCUGUGUCUUCCCCAGUGCACCAAAAUGGAACGGACAAAGAUAUAGUGGACAGUCGACGGGAAUAUGAACGGGAAUCGGCUAGUGGGACACCACUCCACGCUGAUCCAACUCAUCAGCAGCUCAUGUCUCGGGUGUUAAGUCCAGCACUCCCGGUUCCGGGUGGAGGCGGCUUGGUUCCACUCCCUAGUCCAGCUGGAAGCCGGCCUAGUCCCCCCCAUCACGAGUUGCGGCUGGAACCCCCUGCUUCCGAGCCUCUCCAUCACCACCCCUACAAGCAUCCGGUCUCAGCUUACGACCAUUAUCUAGGAGCCAAGAGCCGGCCAGCCCCCUAUCCCUUGCCUACUAUCCGGGGACACAGUUACCACCACCACCACCACCAUCACAUGAAUCCAGCUGCUGCCGCUGCUGCAGCUGCGGCUGCCGCCAACAUGUAUUCCUCUGCUGGCGCUCCCACAAGCUACGACUACGGACCGAGAUAACAUCUCCGAUGCAAGAUCCUUGAGCUCGGAUUGACUCUUUGCAUGGUGUGAAUUGCUCAGUACCUUUGGGAAGAGAUGCCCGUUUUGUUGACUUGGGGUGGGGAGGGGAAUCUGCCAUCGUCCCUUGUGCACACGGUUUUCUUCCUGGCACCAUCCUUCCACCACUGUUGUUGGACACGUCGUUCAAGAUUCACGUUGUCUUGUUCUAUCCGGGGGAUGUAAUAUUUAGCUCAUGUUAGAGGCGUUGUGGUGGAGUAAUGGGAGGCUGGCGUUCUCUUGGAUUUGCUUUGCGUCGUCGCUGCUGUGAGGCUAGAAGGGCAGUUUCUCCUCAGCCUUUCCCUUGACCCCUUUAUGUGCAGCUGCAGUUCCCACCUCCCUUACAAAGUGUUAGGGUGUAUCAUUUCCUGGCUGCUCUAGCACUGAUACAGCGCUAUACAGGGAGUCCUUGACCUACCACUUCAUUUAGUGACUUUUCAAAGUUACAACGGCACUAAAAACAAGUGACUUAACGGCUGUUCUUCACACUAACCAUCAUUACAACAGCCACCCAAGUCACUGGAUCAAAAUUCGGACACUUAGCAACUGGCAUGUACUUGUGACAGUUGCAUUGUCCUGGGAAUAGCUUCCAACAAGCAAAGUCAAUUGAGGGGAGGGGGGAUGGAGAGCCAGAUUCACGUAAUGACAGCAUGAUUCAUUUAACACCUGCAACGAUUCGCUGAACGACUGUUGCAAAAGUCAUAAAAUGAGGGACAACUUAACGACUGCCCUGCUUAACAACAGAAAUUUUGAGCUCAAUUGUGGUCGUAAGUCAAGGACUACCUGUAUGUUCCCCAUCGCCCAGUUACCGUUCUUCCCAGUGGGGACCACGUCACCUACCAGGACUCGUUUUACAAUGUUGGUGAUCCAAUCUCAGCUAUCUCUAUUGGGAAGAAGGUGGGAGCAACUGAUUGACACAAUAGUCUACUUCUGACCCUGUAGAGAUUGCCCCAUCUGGGUAUGGCUCAGGAAUUCUGGGAGCUGAAGUCCACAGGUCAUAAAGGGGCCAUGGUUCCCCACCCCCGGAGUACACCAAUCUGCAUUACAAAUAUGCUGGAACAAUAGCAAUAGCCCUUAGACUUAUAUAUCGUGUCACCGUGCUUUAAAGCCCUCUCUAAGCGGUCGACAGGGUCAGCCUAUUAUCCCCAACAAAUCCAGGUCCUCAUUUUACCGACCUCAGAAGGACGGAAGGCUGAGUCAAUCUUAAGCCGGUCAGGAUCAAACUGCUGGCAGUCGGCAGAGUUAGCCUGCAAUACUGCAUUCUAACCACCGCGCCACC